AUGCCCCAUGAUGUUACUGAGAUUGCUUUAGUAAAUAUAGCACAUAAGUUUGAUUGGAAAUUGCCUGGUGGAGCAACCAGCAAGGAUUUGGACGUGACUGAAGCUACUGGUUUAACCAUGCAUAGGAAAUAUCCUCUCAAAUCUGUUGUUGUGAGUGUGAAUGCAAAUGUCUUAACCUGGUUUCUUGGGAAAUAUUUUGUGUUUUGGGAAUUUGACUGA